AUGUAUGUGCAGUACAGCGGGCAGCUACCAUACUAUGCGCAGCCAGCGCAGUACCAACAGCCUGCAUAUGCAGGUGUAAGUGCUGGUGUGCAGCAGCCGGUGGUGCAGAUGCCCCAGCAAUACCCUGCAACGUAUUCAGGCUACGCCGGUGGCGCAUAUGUUGGACAGCCACAGGCAAGUCCUUCGCCUUAUGGGCAAUUUGCACAGUAUGGUCAGCUGCAGGUCCAACCACAAUAUGCUCAGUUGCAAUACCAGCCGCAGCUGCAGCCAAGUGUGCAGCCACAUGCGAUACCGCAGACUGUGAUGCCAGAGGGAGGCUUUGGACAGGCCAGCUUUGCAUUGUUUUGUCAUGUCUUGUCUGCUCUGAAGCCAAAAGAGAGCCCAAGGCUUGGGCUCAAGGUGAUGCAGCCGAUCGGCCAGCCUGCAUACAUCCCUGCUGGAUAUGCGAAGCCUGGAGAAUUGCAACCUGCUUCAGUGCAAAUGCCUGGAGCGCAAAGAGUGGGUACCAACCUUACACAAGUAACUGGUCCUGAAGGUGAAGAAGAUGAUGACCCUAACCGCCUUCCGACUUUUGUCAAGGUGCGUGGCCUUCCAGCAGAGCAUGAUCCACGCAUUGCUCGUCGACCCAGGCCGAAGAAGAGAGCUCCUGGCAUUUGCUGCGCAUAG